UGUGUCCGCGAAAUUGAGAUGCCAAUCACUAGCAACGUCGCAAAAACAACGUUUUUAGAUGCGAUAUAGUAAAAGAACUGCCCCUGCUUAUAUCUAACCCAAAUUUGGCUCUAAUUGAAUACAGAUCCUUUGGCGAACGAACUGAUGCAGUUGGCAAUGCCAAGGAAACGAAGAGUAUGCUAGAAAUACGAAGAUGAAUUCGAAUAUUUUGUGUCCUCAUCGAUUUAUGUUAAUCGAUCCCAGUAACAGAGUAAAUAUAACACGGACUGGUGUACGGGAAACAACAGUAACAACAUUGUAAGGACAAGGAGAUUUAAUACAAUAGGGAUGAAAUAGAGUGCUAGAAUGUCUAUGAACUUGGAAACGGAAGUUUUAUUCAAGAGAGGAGCUAAGAGUAGAAAUGGUUACACACAAACUAAUGGAUCAUUGCUGGUUCCUGCCGAUAGUCACAUCGACAGGGAACUUCUCGUUUCGUCUGAAUUCACACUUGAUGGAAAUAUUCCCCUUGCAACAGAACAUCAUUCCCAUAGGAAUCUUCGGAGUUCAUCAGACAGUCAGUGCAAUGGCCGAUUUCGAGCAUCAUCCGGGGGAACUGGUAACGAAACCGACGACGAAUAUUAUACAGACGAAGAAGAUGAAGUGUUUAUAAAUGGAGGGAUACAUAUUGAUAAAUUUUCCUCUAAACCUUUAAUGUAUCCCCGUAAUAGACCUAAACUUAAAAAAUAUGCUAAAUAUCAUUGUGACAAUUGUACCUGUAGGAAUAGGAAAAACAUCAAGCCUGUGAUCUGUUGUUUCUGUCUGAUGGCGUCCAUUGGAUGUAUGAUUACGUUACUUGUCUUUUAUUUCAAUGAUACGAACUAUAUAAAGAGUGGGACCUUAAACACAAAGACAUCUAAAACUGAUAGUUUGGGAUACAAUCUGGUAGGGUGUAAUAACAUUAACAUUGAAGACGUUUGGACUGUUGGUUUACCUAAACUCAAUACAGAAUCGUCGUUUAGAUUAGUGGAUGUAAAUAGUGAUGGAAUAUUGGAUGUUAUCUUUGGGUUUGGCACGGGUGCCGACGGGUACUUUGUAUCCGAUAUUGUCUGUGAUAUAUAUUUUGGUGUAAAAGCUCCAUGCUUUGGUGGAAUGAUGGCCUUAGACGGUUUAUCAGGGAAGGAACUUUGGCGCCAUUAUUCCAUACACGAACUUUUCGGAAUUAAUUGUAAUGAAGAUUUAAAUAAUGAUGGGAUUCUUGACUGUACUGGAGGCGGAAGAGCUGGGGCGUUUGAUGCUGUCAGUGGGAAAGAUGGAACCUUAUUAUGGACAUUUGACAAACAGGAAGCUAAAAAUGAAAUAAUGAAUUUAUAUACGUCACAAGUUGUAAAAGACCUUGAUGGGGAUGGUGUAAGAGAUAUAUUAGCCAUUCAUGGUGGAGAUCCAUUACAGGACCCAGGAAGUAAAUUCCGACUGUCGGGGAGAAUUGUAUUCUUUAGCGGGAAAACUGGAAAGGUACUGCAAUGGGUUGGAGUACCCGACGACAAGGAAUCAUAUUACUCGCCACAAGUUUAUCAAUUAAUAGAUGGACUAGAAAUAGUUUUAUUUGGAACAGGAGGUGAAACACAUGGUGGAUCAUUGUGGUAUAUUUCAUUGGAUAACCUUUACAAAGGGGAAAUUGAUAAGGCUCAAAAGAUCUAUUCAGAUGAAUUUAAAGGUGUAAUGACGCCACCAGUAUUGCUCGACCUUACGGGAGAUGGUGUUGAAGAUAUUGUCAUGGCAAUGUUCAAUUCUAGCGUUUUAGCAAUAGAUGGAAUGUCAUUCAAUGUCAUAUGGAAUUACACACAUCCAAUGUCUGAGUCUUAUAAUACGCCUGCGCCCGGUUAUUACAAUGAGGACAAUAUACCAGACUUUAUGAUUAAAUACGCCAAUGGUCCAGGAUUUCCGUUAUACUACUUUUCUGACACUACAAUCUUAGAUGGUAAAACUGGUCUUCCCCUAAUAAAUCCAGCUAUUCGUGAUUCUGUAGGAGCUCAAGCAUCCCCGCUCACAAUAAGUGUUGAGGGAUUUGGCAAUGAUAUUUUCUUGUACUGGAUGUCGGAUUGUCUCAAUUUUGAGGGAAAAGGCGGAACAUUUGAAUUCGUAAAAGGAACCAAUGUACAUGAACAAAGUAGAUCCGAUUUCUGCCGUUUGAGAUAUAAAACUCAAGGAUAUAGCAAGAUAUAUGCCAUUAGCAAGAACAUUCCAUCACCAGGAACAACAGUCUACUAUUCAAUUAACAGAAAAGAAGUUGAACAUUCUAAAUGGGUGAAUACCACACAAGAAGCAUUAGAUUUCAUCAGAGAGCAUCCAGAACACCAGAAAGAUUAUGAGUAUUAUAAACUGAAUUCUGAGCAGGAUAAACAAGAAAUAAUUAUAGAUAGGUUUAAGGAUAUAAACAGAUUGAAAAAUGAAGGAAAGAAAGAAUAUGUUUAUCAACCGCCUUUACAAACAAACGACAUUGAUGUUUCCAGGAAAACAUCCCCCGAUCAAGGAUCUCAAUAUAAAUAUGAUAGUUUCAAUGACCCUGGGGAGUUCUCUGAUUACGAAGAAGAUGGUGAUGUUCUUGGUAAUCGCUAUCCAUCGUUCAGUGAAAUCUAUGAUGAUUUAUAUAAACACAAUUCUGAAUUAGAUAAAAAACAUAAAAAUAAUAAGAAUUCAUACCAUCCUCAUAUGAGGAGAAAUAGUAAAACAUAUUCUAAAGAAAAAAAGACACAUUACAAACAUGGACGGAGACGGAGACAUGUGGGUCCACAUGAUAAUGAGGGACUACAAAGGCUUUUGUCCACUGGUACUUUGGCGCCCACCACUCUGCAUAUGAAUCAUCCCGAUUAUAAUAAUUCGAUAGAACUCAUAUUUGGAACAUACUGGUUCUUUCCCGCGGAUACCCACGUGGUUCUUCCAGAAGACAAAGAAUGUAUAUCUAAAAAGUUGUCACAGGAAAAACAAAGGUUUUCUCCAUUAAGUGAAUACUAUGGAAUGGAUCAUGAUGCUUAUGAGCAUGUUAUCACACAAGAAUGCCUUAAAAAGAGUGGAAGAGGACACGAUGACCAUAAAGACAGAACGUAUGAAAGUCAAACGACAUACAAUCCGUACAAUGUACAUAUGGGCCAGAUGACUGUUUAUAGGUUGAGAUUGACAUGCACUUGUGCAAAUUUAACAGCAAAUCAAGUUUGUAGUAGAAUACUUCCUUUUGAUAAACAACAAUGGUAUGCUUACAUGGGAAAUAAAGGAGACAGUCAUUGGAAACCGAGAGCCAUAUGAUCAUACAUACUAUCAGUGUCAUCGAUUGGAAUAAAGAUUGAAAUAAACAAGGUCAAACUUUUUCAAGGUUAUAAUCAAGAACGUAUGAACAGGAAGAUAACAAUUGUUUACCUUGUCAAAAACUUAAAAGAAAAAAUGAAUAAAAUGACUGUCACGAAAGUGAUCUAGUUUAAGUAAAAAGAAGAGAAACAGCAGGUCAAUAAAUUAACAAAACUAUUCAGUUCUGAUUUAGUAUUUGUUUCCUUAUGUGGUCAUGCACUGUAACUACGUCUUUAUAUAAAAAGAAAAAGAAAAUGCGGGAAAAUAAAACUGAAAGUUUUAUAACAAUUAAUAUUUGUGUAAGGACAGUUAAUGUCCUUGUAACGAAAUGAUAUCCCGUUUGUAUUUACUUGAAUUCGCAGUUGAUCAAUAAGCAAUUAAUAAGAAAAUCAAAAUCCCUUUGCCAAAAUUGACCUAUGAUGGAUUUGGGUGCACAGAUCUAAAUUGAAUUAAGUAAAUGAAUAUUACAUACAUUUUCUAUUUAAAACUAGUAUCAAACUAAAUAUAUAAAAAUGUGUCAACCUUUAUGUUAUUUUAUAACAUUUCAUUCUGUUUUACAUUCCUUUUGUUAUAUUUUUUGUAAAUUUUCAAAGACGUAUAAAGUGCGUAUAUUAUAUUUUGCACUAAAAUUAUAUGUUGCACUAAAAUGCUUAGUCUCUUUGUUGGUUUACUAACAGUGAACGAGGAUAUCAUCAACUCAAUAGUCAGUAUUUAGAUACUGACAUGAAUAAGAAAAAACAUUCUGUAAAUUCCCGAUUGUAAGUUUUGAAAUUAUAAAUACACAAAGGUUUCUUUUUCCUAUGGCAAAGUUUGCCUCAGAUAUACUUUUUUUUUGUUUUUGAGAUCCUUUUUGGUGUACGCUCUUCAAUGUUAUCGGUCCUGAAACAUCAUUGGCUAUAAAAAAUCGGUUUGGAACAUUCUUGAUGAAGG